UGCGCAUUUUUAUAGUAUUUCUCAGGACUAUCUUGAUAUUUUCGGUUCAAGCUGUAAAAAGGUAAGUUAAAUAUAGGCACCCGUUUGUUUUGUUCUGAUGCGCGUUCGCGUGCGGAGGACAUGCGCGUUCCUGAUUUCUGCCUGGUUAGAGCUGUAAAUCAAGGCGGGUUAAAAACUCCUCAAAACAAGGCAAAAACUGCAGAUUAACGUUCAGCGAGACUCAAAAUGCAGAUCAAACUCCUGCUAAACUCAAAGAACAACAUUUAUCUCAAGAUGUCUGAUGCUGAAGCUCCUGCUGUUUGUGUGGAUCACUUUCUCCAGCCAACUCUUCACAUCUCAGGCUUUACAACAAUCCUAAAUAGUUAAAUGAAUAGUUGAAAUAAUAUUGAAAAAAUAGGUUUUCAUAUUUUUUUUGGAUAAUGAUUAAAACAUUAUAUUAAACACUAGUUGAUUUUGUCCUGAUGCGCGUUCGCGUGCGGAGUAGCUGCGCGUUCCCGCUUUCUGCCUGGUUCGAGGUGUAUUGAAGGCGGGGAAAAACUGCAGAUUAAUGUUCAGCGAGACUCAAACUGCAGAUCAAACUCCUGCUGAACUUCAAGAUCAACAUUUAUCUCGAGAUUAUGAUGAUGAAGCUGCUGCUGUGUGUGUGGAUCAUUUUCUCCAGCCAACUCUCCACAUCUCAGGCACAAGAGUGUGAGGUGGUGAAUUCUGCUCUCCAGCAGAUGAUGAAGACUCUCUCUGCGCACGAGAUAAGUCUGAGGAGCCUCCAAAAAACUCUGAAGCAGAUGCAGAACACCAGAACACACAGCACAGCCUGUCCUCCGCCCCCGCCGCUGAUGAACGGGCGUGUGCUGGGACGCAUCUUCAGGAUGGGUCAUGAGAUCCACUACCUGUGUGACGCAGGGUUCCAGCGGAUGGGGCCCGAGAGCAGAGUGUGUCUGCAGUCUCUGAGCUGGAGCGACACACAGCCGUCCUGCCAGAGGCGGAUAUCUCCUGUCCUCUCAGAUGCAGACACUGAGGGCAGCGCGAUGAAUGAUGAUGACGAACCCACCGCUCUACCUACAUCCUCAACAUUCUCAUCAUCUUCCUCUUCAUCACUCCUAUCAUCAUCUUCAUCAACAGUCUUGUCCUCCGUCUACUUGAGGGCGUCUCGCUGUGUGGAGUUUCUGGACUCCAUUCACUGCUCCUGUGAUGCAGGAUUCAGCAUUUCCAGCUCCAACACCUCAUUCUGCAUGGACAUAGACGAGUGUGAGCUGUUCCGACACACUCCACCUGGCCGUGUGUGUGCGCACACCUGUGUGAAUACAGCUGGAAGCUUCUACUGCCGCUGUCCGGAUGGAUACAAGCUCAGCCGAGAUAGCAGGAGCUGCCACGAUGUGGACGAGUGUGUGCAGGCGGCUCAUAACUGCAGCUCUGAGCAGGUGUGUGUGAACACUUACGGUGGACAUCGCUGCGAACACAUCCACUGUCCUGAGUUUCACAACGCCACAUACAUCAGGACAUCAGCGCUGCGCUGUGAGAGGAGCCCGUGUGUUGAAGAGGACUCGGCGUGUCUGCAGGCUCCGCUCUCCGUCAGUUUCCACUUCAUGUCGGUGGUCUCCAACAUGCGGGUCCCCGUGGUCCUCUUCCGUGUGUCAGCGGAGCGGCUCCUGGGGGACUCUCUGCGCUUCAGUCUGCAGGGGAACAGCAGCGUUCAGCGGGUCAGCAUUCAGCGCUCGGGCCCGGGGACCGCUCGGCUGGUGCUGCUGCGCUCAAUACAGGGCCCGGAUCAGCUGACGGUGGACAUCCAGAUAGACCAGACGGAGAAACGGAGGCUGAUCGGGAGAUAUCUGACCAGAGUCACGCUCUUCAUCUCACCGUACGACUUCUGAAUCAGCACACACACACACACACACACAUGCACACACACACACCGAGGUCACUGUACAGCUCAUCUGAGAGAAAUCUCUAAGAUUAAAGUCCCCCUGAUCUGGAA